GGGACCUUAUUUUGAAGAAACAAUGAAUAAGACAAGUCCACCCAUAUGACCAUCACCUUAUGGUUAAGUUAAUAUGUAAUUUAUGCAUUCAUAAGCAUAUUUCUAGAAAUGACCAAAAAUCUAGGACUUUGAGACUCUUGUUCUUCUAAUAAACACCCAUCUCAUCAAUCCUCCUUAAACUUUCAUUCCUUCCUCAAAAAACAUAACCAAACAUGCCAACUUCUCCAAAAACACUCCAAUAUCAUCAAUUCCUACUAUUUUCUACCACUAUAUUUCUCUUACAACAUUUAGUCACACCAUCAACUAGUUCUCUAACUUGUGAUGAUCAAGAUAACGUUAUAUUUUCCUUUCCUACCUUCAACACUUCAAAUUGUAAAACCGGGGGUGACCUCAAGUGCAUGGGAGCCUUCAACCUCGGCGAAGGGUUCUUGAAUUUAACCACGGUGUCGAUGAAUAGCUCGUCGACAUCGGAUUUUAACUCAAUUGGUAGAGUGUUGUACAAAGCUCCUGUACAAGUAUGGCCAGCUUCGUUUUGUACAAGCUUCUCCUUCAAAAUAUUCUCUCGAUUUGAUCAGUUGUUUUCUGGUGAUGGUAUGACUUUUGUUAUGGCUCAAGAUGAUAACCCUUCUCCUACUCAAAGCUUUGGCACUUAUCUUGGUCUCCAAGAUUCAUUACUUUCUGGUCACUCAAAAUUCCAACAACUAGCAAUUGAAUUUGACACAUUCAAGAACGAGUGGGAUCCAGAUGGAAAUCACAUUGGAAUUAACACAAUAAGUGUAAUGAAUUCUUUGGUUACACAAACCUUAAAUUCAUCCAAAAUCUAUCUCAAAAGUGGCAAACAAAUUAGAGUGAAGAUUGAAUACGAUGGUUGGACAAAAAUGCUAGAAAUAUUUGUGGGUUAUGAAGGAAGUCCAUUAAAAAGGGUCAUAAAUUACAAAAUAAAAGUCUCAAAGAAAAUCCCAAGUCAAGUAUACUUAGGUUUUACAGCUUCAACUGGUACACUAACUGAGACUCACCAAAUACAUGAUUGGAUUUUCACUUCUAAAAUGUUGCCUUACUACACUGUCAAGGAUAACAAGAAGAAGGCCAUCGUGUUGGCGAGUGUGAUACCGGUUGUAGGGGCGUUGUUCAUCUUUGCAUUGAUUGCGAUCCCUGUGUUUCGACGAAGAAUGAUCAAGAAGAGGGAGAGGAUUCGGAGAAUGGAAGAGCUUGAGAGGCAGUCAGCUGCCGCGGCUCCUAGGAAGUUUACGUACAAACAACUUGCUAAGGCUACUAAGAAUUUUAGUAAGGAUAAUUUGUUAGGGACUGGUGGUUUUGGAAGUGUUUAUAAAGGCCAGAUUUUGGAUCCUCCUCAGACUAUUGCUGUUAAGAAGAUUUCAUCUACUUCUCAACAAGGUGAGAGGGAAUAUAUAGCAGAGAUAUGUACAAUUGGGCGAUUAAGGCAUAGGAAUAUAUUGCAACUUCAAGGGUGGAGUCAUGAAAACGACAGUCUUCUUCUUGUAUAUGACUUCAUGCCUAAUAAGAGCCUAAAUGAAUUCCUCUCAGGCCGAAAAUUCUUGGAUUGGAAGACGAGGGAAAAAGUAAUAACUGGCUUAGCAUCAGCAUUGUUGUACCUUCAUGAAGAAUGUGGUGAUCCAGUGGUUCAUAGAGAUGUGAAGCCUAGUAAUGUCAUGCUAGAUGCAGAGUUCAACCCGCGUCUUGGUGAUUUUGGGCUCGCUAGAUUGCUAAAGAACACAGCAGGGGUCACCACAAUGGUGGCAGGAACCCUAGGGUACAUGGCUCCUGAGGUGAGCUACACCGGGAAGGCAACAACAGAGUCGGAUGUGUAUAGCUUUGGCGUCGUGGCAUUAGAGAUGGUGUGUGGGAAGAGGUUUAGUAACCUCCUAGGCGAAAGUUGCUUGGUGGAUCAAGCAUGGGAUAUGCACGCGAAGGGUGCAUUGGUAGAGUGUGUGGAUCCUAGGCUAAUUAAGGAGUUUAACAAGGAUGAAGCUGUGAGGGUUUUAAGUGUAGCACUAGCAUGCUUGCAUUUGGAAUCGAACUUGAGACCGACAAUGCGAAAAGUGGUGAUGGUUUUGCUAAAUCCAGAUGAACCUCUAAUAGAACUACCUAGUACUCGUCCUAAAGGAGUGUAUGUGUCUCUUUAUGGAUUUUCAAAUCCACCUACUAUGACUAAUUCUAGUCCUACUACUCCUUUGUUCUCAUGGCCUGAUUACCCUUCUUCUAGUACUAAUAACUUGCCAGAUGAAUCCUUGGCACGUUAACUAAUAUUAUUACUAGGUUAAUUUAUACUUUAUAUAUCAAAGUAGUUUAAUCUUUAAGAAGUUAUUGUUACACAUAAUGUUAUAUUUAAUUUGCUCCCGAUAUUGUAUAUACGAAGUAUUUUUUUUUUAAUGUCUAAGGUUGGGCUUCACAAGAUCAGAUUGGUUUCAAA